UCUCGUGUCUCGUGGUGCUCUGGCUCUGUGCUUGUCAAUGUCAUGGUCAUUUUUAUUUUGCUUAAAAAUUGAACAGUGAACACAUAAUAUGAUUCAUGUGCAUAAAUAAAUAAAACGGAUUCAAGUGAAUGUUAUUAUUUGGAUCAUAAAUAAUAAAAUAACAGCCGGUAAAUCCAUGCAAGAAGUCAAGGAAUGGUUAGCUUGAACAGGAGUGUCAACAUGAACUCUGGUGGUGCUACAUUUUUUAGUGAAUCAGUGAAUGUAGAUGAUAGAGAACAUCUCCAUCCUACUGAAGAGACAAUAGGAACCUUCAAGCCUUUGCAAACAGCCCACUUGUAUAGCCUACAGUUAUUGUUCACAUUUAUUCUUGAUAUCCUAGCUAUUUAUUAUGCUGUAGAACAUCCUGAUCCAAAGAACAAAUGCAGAGAGUAUUUUGCAAUAAUUUAUAUUCAUAUAGGACUGUGGAUUUUUACUUUAGUUGUUGAUCGAAUAACUCAUUGUGCCCACCACAAUCUAAAAUUAAAUGGAUAUCUCGAAUUCCAUAAAGAAUCACAAGCACAUGUUGCAUUACCACUCUAUAUUGUCAGCUUAUGGAGUGUAGUGCUGAUGUUCAUUCAGACAUUAAUGCAGCACUUCUAUCCUGAUGAUUUUGCUGAAAAAUGUCUGAAAGGUGGUGCACUAUCUCCCAUUUCAUAUGUUUGUGCUUUCAUAGUUGUAGAGUCAUGUGUACUAGCUGGAGUCAAUGUAAAUUAUAUAUUAAAAGUGAGGAAUUUUAACAAAUUAAAAUCUCCACCUGAUGUUUUAAAGGAUGAAUGGAUGCCUGGUACAUCUCCUAUAAAUGCAGCAGAAGGAGAGGUUGGCUAUAAGAGCCCUGAAGGAAGUGCACUUGACUUAUUUGAAAAACAGGCGGAUUUGAUUCUCCAUUUGCAACAAAACAAUGAAAGACUAAGCAAAAAAGUAAUUGUUCUCUCAGCUCAGGUCCAACAGUUGAGGAGUACCAGGGCAACAAAUUAACAAAUGUAAUUUUGAGGACAAUAACAUUCAGGUGCUUCAUGGUCUAAUACAGGUUACAUAUAACUUACAUUAUGUAAUUCAGUAACUGAAUAUGUUAUGAUUUUAUUCCAAACACUUCUAUGUCUCCAUGACAUUUUUGUGUAGUUUUUGAUUUGAAUUUGCCAGUUUGUCAUAGUGUAUAAAAUUUUGAAAAAACAAAUAAAUUGGUUUUGUAUAAUGUCUUAAAACACUCAAAUGUUGUAGGACAUUAUACUGUUUGUAGACUGUGUUUAGGUAAAUAAGGCAACCUAAAUACCUACUUAAAGAUGUAAUUUUUUUGGUAUAAAUGAUUGUGAUGUGUUAUCAGAGUGAUUGAUCUCUUUUAGUAAUAAUAUGUGGUUUGAUGUGCGUGCUGGUUGCAAAGGAUACUAAUUGAAGCUAAUAUCUAUUAAUAUAUGAGUCUACACAAAAGUGUCAUAAAAUUAUCAAUUGUGGAUAUUUAGUUUAUUUUCUAUAUAACUGUAUAUAUAGAGUGGUUUAUAUUGAUCAAAGUUUUUGCAAAAUUAGACAUUUUUGGAAAAAUGAAAGGUUUUUUACUACCACUCCAACUCAAACUGUUAAUAUAUGGACACGUAAUUGCCUUUUGUGGCUGUCAUGUAAAAGGUUUGACAAUAUCACAGAUCAUUUCAAACACCAAUUUCUGUUAACAAUUUUAUAAUUUAUUUAUAAGAACUUUACAAAUUCAAUCGUUAUCACUUAGCACCAGGAUCGAUCCAUUAAACAUUUUCCCUGAAACCAUUUGUACAUCAGUCGAUUUUCUGGAGUUAAGUCAUCGGUAAGUAUGCCUUCCUUGGCCUCGUCCUCAGUCUGAAAAAAUCCAUGCUUAGAUAAUCAUAUGGCUUUCAAUCAGUUCUAAAAUAUGGUUAAGAAUUUCUGACGUAUCGUUAACGUGAUGCAUGGGCGACAGCCAGAGAUCAAAUUUCUCCCCAACUGCAGGCUGUAUUACCGAAUAUAACACGGCCAGCCAAAAUGAAAUUAGGCUGAACAUGACCCAUACUGAGUUUCCAUGCUGAACACCCGAGUAUGACAGAAACUAAAAGAUUCAUCAUUGUAUAUAUAAAUAAUUGUUUUCCUUUAUGAAAUAAAAUAAUACUGUAAAAAUUCAAUAAGACGGAAACCACAGAGAACUAUCGAAUUU